ACCUCAAUAUAAAAAGUAAUAUGUAUUUUCAUCACUAUCUGUUUGCUUACGCCUCAUAAAAAAACCCUACGACUCUAAUAUCUGUAAUUAUCUAUCAAACAAAAGGCAAGGUAAUGUCAUUUCAACCAAUAAAUCCAAAACCAUAUCUAUCAUCACUUAUUGGGCUAAAAGUCGUGGUGAGGCUCAAGUUUUCAGGAACGGAAUAUCAUGGAACGCUUGCCACGGUUGAUAAUUACAUGAAUUUAUUACUCGACAAGGACGUUAUAGAGGUCGAACAAAAGCUGGGAGAAGAACCUGAUUUGUCAAAGGGAACUCCAUUGGAAAGCGAACUUUUUGUGAGGUGUAACAACGUUCUAUGGAUAGGGAAAGAACCUGAACAAUAAAUUCUUGUGGAGCUGAACGCUGUGUACACCAUUUUUACUAUAUAGAGUGCAGUAGUGUAAAUUUAAAUAACUUAAUAUAUUAUCCUUUACUUUUACAAAAAGC